AUGUUCAUUGACUAUCUUGUUUCAAAGUUUGAUAUCGACCAAGUAACAUUCUCUGACUCUAUCAAAAUGAAUUCUUAUUUAGGGCAUAGAGCCAAGCAGGAUACUGAAGGGCCGACAUAUACUCAAGGCACAGCUUCCUCCAAUGCUAUUGAUGUCGGGCAGGCUCGACGGAUAUCAAUCCAUGAAGAAAGUUUGGAUGAAGAUUACCUCCAUCGAAGAUUACCUCCAUACUACAUCGAAAAUAUGACUUCACGACGAGGAAAUCGCGCUAUCGCUUCAAGCGACCAUCUACAACAUCGCCGUGCUCGCCGGCGUUACCUGCGUGCCCAAUUACGGCUUGCCCGCCGACUUCGUCGACCAACAACGCCACCGCCAUCGCCAUCGCCACAAGAGACAUCACCACAGGCCGCUGGGCCUGUCAGUCCUUGUUCAGAGUCCGUUCCCUCCCUUACUCGGAGCGGAGACAGUAUCAGCGACGAAAGCGGGUCGUGGAGCCCAUCACAAUACCGUGUCUGGGAGGAGUUGCGGGCCCGAGUUCGAAGGGCCUUUGCCGAUCAUGAAAAUCGGCAAGACGAGGCUGCUGCAGAGCCAGAGCCAGAGGAGGAUGAGGACGAGGACGAGGACGAAGAUGCGGAAGAGGAGGAAUAUGAAGAAGCUCCUUUGUCGGAUGAAGAUUGGGAUGACUUCCAAGCCCGCAUAAACGCGCGAGCAGAUGAAUAA